CACAUCUCAUUACACACAGAGUAGGUCUUUGACUAAUUUUUUUUUUCUUCUUCUCCGUCACACAUUACCGGUUCAGAUGAAUCACUAACGAUUCAAGAACCGGUUCUUCCACACAUCACCGGAGAUGACGUCAUCACCAUUACUCAUUCUUCUACUCACAUCUCUUCCAUUACUCUGCGUAUCAAUCCGUUCGUUUCCGACGACCGAUGACAUCAUCUCCGACGAUCUCUUCGGUUUCACCGAAUCACCGGACUAUCGCAACGGCGAACACUGCCGGUCCGAUGACGUCACCGUUCACAUCGCGAUGACACUCGAUUCAGAGUAUCUCCGUGGAUCAAUCGCCGCCGUACACUCCGUCCUCCGCCACACAUCCUGUCCGGAAAACAUCUUCUUCCACUUCAUCGCUGCUGAAUUCGAUCCGGCGAGUCCACGUGUCCUCACGCGAUUGGUUAGAAACAUCUUCACAUCUCUCAAUUUCAAAGUUUACAUUUUCCGUGAAGACUCUGUUAUUAACUUGAUUUCGUCAUCAAUCCGGGUCGCACUCGAGAACCCGUUGAAUUACGCCCGUAACUAUCUGGGCGACAUUCUCGACCCGAAUAUAAACCGGGUCAUUUACCUCGACACCGACGUCGUUUUGGUAGACGACGUUAAAAAACUCUGGAACAUUCCGUUAUCCCACACCCGGGUUAUCGGAGCCCCGGAAUAUUGUCACGCGAACUUCACAAAUUAUUUCACCACCACCUUCUGGUCCGACCCGGUUUUGACCCGAACGGCAUUCGGGUCUAGCGAUAAAACUAAAAGUAAAGGUAAAAGUAAAAAUCCGUGUUAUUUUAACACAGGUGUGAUGGUAAUGGAUCUAAAAAAAUGGCGGUUAGGAAAUUACCGCAGUAAAAUUGAGUAUUGGAUGGAAGUUCAACGAAAAAAGAGGAUCUAUGAGUUAGGGUCGUUACCACCGUUUUUACUGGUGUUUGCCGGUAAUAUCGAGCCGAUUGACCACAGGUGGAACCAGCAUGGGCUGGGUGGGGAUAAUGUGAAGGGGAGUUGCCGGUCGUUGCACCCGGGUCCGGUGAGUUUGUUGCAUUGGAGUGGGAAAGGGAAGCCGUGGGUGCGGUAUGAUGAGAAGAGACCGUGUCCGUUGGAUCAUGUUUGGAAGCCGUAUGAUUUGUAUAACCGGGGGUCUCAGCCGUUGGAUUUGUUUCAGUUAGUUGUAGUUUUUUAGAUUGGGAUUAUUUGAUUUGAUUUGAUUUGAUUUUUGGUUAAGUUUUGGAGAGCAUGGUGAUUCAGUUAGUCUUGAUUGAUUGAUUGCUGUGUACAGAAAUAUAUAGAAAAAUUGAUUUGUUAUUGUGAU